UCCGCAAGAGGGCGUCCGCACCGUUCUCCUUCUCUUACUCUUCCGCCAGGGUUUCCGGAGUUUGUGGGAGGCGAUGGCGGCGGGAGGGACGGAUCCGCGCCUCGUGGAUGUGGAGGAGGAUGCUUCCCAGCUUGUCUUUCCGAAGGAAUUUGAGACUGCUGAGACCCUUUUGAAUUCAGAAGUGCACAUGCUUCUUGAGCAUCGGAAACAACAGAAUGAAAGUGCAGAAGAUGAACAGGAGCUCUCAGAAGUCUUCAUAAAAACAUUGAACUAUACUGGUCGCUUCAGCCGCUUCAAAAACCGGGAGACUAUUGCUAGUGUUCGCAGUUUACUGCUCCAGAAGAAGCUUCAUAAAUUUGAACUGGCAUGUUUGGCUAAUCUGUGUCCUGAGACUGCUGAAGAAACCAAAGCUUUAAUUCCCAGCCUGGAGGGUCGGUUUGAAGAUGAAGAAUUGCAGCAAAUUCUGGAUGACAUUCAGACCAAAAGAAGCUUUCAGUAUUAGAAGGAAUUACCAGAUUCUUCUGCAGUCUGAACACUGAAAGAGAAACAUCACUUGUUUCUGUGUAGUCUUGGACCAAUCCUGAUGAUCUUUUGACAACAAAGGAGAAACUGAUGCAGGAUAGAUACCCAAAAAUAUUUGAACUUGUUAAUAUUGACAUAGUUGUAGAAAUUCAUAUGGUAUGAUUGGCAGAGUUCUUCAGAGUUUGGUCAAAUUUGUUUAAUACUUGUUUCCAAACUUCCUGUCUUCAUGGAGGAACAUAAAAAAAUUUCUAGUAUUGGGUGUAAAAUAAAUGUAAGUGUAGAUCUCCUUCUGAAUAUUUGUUGUUCAAGAUGAACUUUUUUUCCUGUUAUUUCUUGAAAACUGUAGUAACAAUGGAAUCAGGUCUGAUAAAUUUCAGUGCAUUCUUGACAAAUUCAAUCAAGAGAGAGAGGACGCCCUUCCCUCGGGGCUAAUUUUUAUACAUUGCUUUUUGUGGGAAAGACCUGUAUUUGUUAUUAGGGGUAUAUAAUUUGUGAAGUUAUCUGCUAAUUUUAUGGGACUCCAUUUGAAAUAAAAAAGAAAGGCUACUGUGAUGGCGGAAAAACAGAGACAGUGAGAAGGAAUUUAUUGAAUUGAAUAUCUUUUUUAUAUGUUGGUGUGUUGAUGUAACAUAUUAAAUCUUAUUGUAUGUGUAAUUAUAUAAUAUGUUAUAAA